AUGGCUCGUCCGUCUGUUGUUGCGGAUACAAUGGACUGCGAGCUCACGACCUCGACUUCGCACCGUCCGUCCCGUCCGGACUGUCCUGCCUCUGCUUGUUUGCUCUGGCUCUUGGAGCAGCCGCAGCUAGCUGCUCCCCACACCUGCUGCGGCGCGUCCAUUCUGGCCAAGAAAUGCAGUGAGCGAGAUGACCAGCGAGCCGAUAAUCGACGACUACGAAGGCCCAACGCCGUGGGAACAGCUGAUCCCCGUUUGUAUUCUGGCUGCCAUUCUGCUCGUGUUCCUGCUCGCCUGCCUCAAAGAAUGUCACUUCAAGUACAGUAGGAGAAAGGUGAGAGAACCAGUGAUUGUUUGCGAAAACAACCCACGCGCCGGAUCCGGUUUCUCAUCAUGAAAAACAGAGAAAAAGUGUUCUGCAAGGGUUCCUGAGAAUUUGAGAUUAAAUGUGAAAAAUAACAGAAAGUGAUAUCAUUGUCCGGUUGUGUGCAUAAUUCUCGCAAGAUUUGUGAACCCUGUGAUUGUUUUGUGCAGAGUCAUUCUCGGAAAUGACAUGUCACGAAUGGAUUUAAAAUUCACGGAGAUGAAAUGAAUUAUUAGCAUCUCUCGAUAUCGGUUCCGCUGAUUUCUCAUUCCCAAUUUUAAAAGUGCGUCGAACUUUUCUCUGAAUCAUUUCAGUCUCCUGAAAUGUCCCCGAAACGAGAAUUGGGUCCUCUUCCGAAGAUCACGGUGACGAACGGUCGGACCGGCGAAGAGCGAGUCAUACAGGAAUGA